UCAAACGGAAGUACGCGCCCAUACCAGCUCACAAGUUUCGAGCACUUCCAACAAGUCCUGGUCGCUCCCAAACGUGAUCCUCGCUGCGGAUCAGGCUGCCGCCGUCUCUGUUAAGCCAGCCAACCAGCCAGACCUGGAACUAUGCUUCCUUGCAACGACUGGAACAAGCGGUGGCUUUUGUGCGCCUUUUGUCUCUCCUGGGUCUGCCUUUUGGGGACUUGCAGCAGAGCCGCGCAAGAGGGAGCUCAACCUGAACUGUUCAUCUUCAACGAGCUGUGUGCCCUGAAAGAGGAUCCAGGGCCUUGCAGGGCCGUGAGGGACAAGUACUUCUUCAACGUGGACACGGGCCACUGUGAGCUGUUUGAAUAUGGAGGUUGCGGAGGAAACGCCAACAACUUCGAAACCCUGGAGGCGUGCCAAGAAACGUGCAUUGUCUCAGAUGAUAAAAACCCAUGUCACUUACCCGAAGCGGAAGGUCCCUGUCGCGGCCUGGUGACGCGCUACUUCUUUGACAGCAACAGUCAGCAAUGCAAGCGCUUCUAUUACGGCGGUUGCUUUGGAAAUGCCAACAAUUUCAGGAGCAUCGCUGAGUGCCAGGCGAAAUGUCAAAAACAAGAAGACAUUGAAGUUCAGACCAGUGCCAAAAGAAUCAGUGAUGUGCAACCAACUGUAUUAACUGGUGAGCAAACGGUCAACAUCGCUGUGGUGCAAAUGAACAACACCGAUGCAGAGUAUUCACAAGAUGUGAAGGUGCCGGAUGUGUGUUCGGGUCCUGUGGACAGAGGAACGUGUGAGGGCAUUAUGCGCAGGUUUACCUACAAUCCCAACACCAAGCGAUGUCACGAGUUCCUGUACAGCGGCUGUGGAGGGAACGACAACAACUUCAAACACCGGAGACAGUGUAUCAGGAAGUGCAUUAAAAGUCAAAAGGAUCGUGGGAUGAAGGUGAUUCGAAUAAGGAAGAAAAAUAUCCCCAACAUUCUUCACGGCUCAGUCAGAAGGCAAUGGGAAAAUUUGAACUAGAUUCUGCACUUCUCUACAGUCACCUGUCUCCACAUAUUAUUUUGUAGCAGUAUAGUUUUGAUAGUAAGUGCUGGGGGUUUUUGCUCAUAGUGACCACACACAAUUUACAUUUUCGUGCACAUGAUUUCAUUAAGUGGUUGACAAAAAACACUUGUGUUUUGCCAGUCUGAAAAAAAAUCAAUAGAUGAUUAUAUAAACAUUGAGUAUUGUAUUUGCUUUUUCCAUUUGACCGAUUUAAAUAAUCAUGAAGGUCUACCCUCCUGUUGUGAGUUUCUUCCCAAAAAUGUGUUUAAUCUUUAAAAAAAAAAGGCUAUCAGAAUGAUAUCUAAUUUAAUUGAAUUUUUUUCUAAUUUUCAAACUGAUCACUUUGACCAACAAUAUAAUAGGAAGGUUAAUAUACUGUAUAACUGUUUAUUUUUCCUCACAGUUAAUCUCUACAAUAGACAGUUUAAUCUGUGGACGGGCUUUAAUUCUCUGCUUUUAACUCAAACUGUAUUUAUCACAUAGUCAAUUCUGUCAUGUACUCACAGCUAAAAUCCACCAUGAACAAUUUCUUGUUUUUCCAAAUAAAAUAACUUUUUUUCCAAAAUUGUGUGCACUGAUGGUGCUCUUAAAAAUCACAGAAGGGGGCAGUGUUGUUCAAAAUUGGCUUCAUUGGCGCAUAGGUCUCAUUUCUUCUUUUAUAAGCUUGUCUUUACUGCUUUGUUGUAAAUUUUGACAAUUUUAAAAAUGUCACUCACAGGGCCCUACUGAUAAAUGUUUCAAAAUAUUUUGGUUUACUUAUUGACCCCGUUAUCUUAUUUACUGUAGAUGCCAUGUGUUGCCAAAUGCUAAAAUUAGCAUUUUUUUUUUAAAUCUUUGUAACAGUUGAAGUUGUACACACGUCACAACCAGGGGUGAACUGACCCCUGCAUCUGCUCUUUCAAAGCAAAUCCUCAAAAUUAUUGUUAAACUUCGACGCCUUGCUCCGCCUAUAAUAGGUGGCGUACCAAAAAGGUGAGUCAAUUUAGCCAAGCCCAUCUGUCUAGAAUACCUGCUUCCUAUUGGGGUUCAUUCAAACACAUUCCCUAUUAGUCACUGAUGGUGUAGUGGUACACUCGUCUGACUUUGGUGCAGGCAGUGUGGGUUCAGUUCCCACUCAGUGAUGGUGUGAAUGUGAGUGCGAAUGGUUGUCCGUGUCUAUAUGUGCCCUUCGACUGGCUGGUGACCAGUUCGGGGUGUGGUCCGCCUUUCGCCUCCGGCGCCCCGUGACCCUAACCAGGAUAAGUGGUGUUGAAAAUGGAUGGAUGGACAUUCCCUAUUGGAUUUAGUCAAAGUAUGAGCAAAAAUAGCUCCUAUAAACCAAAAUCACUAGCAUCCCACCUCGGUCUUUGAGACUUUUUGGUGCAUCAUUGGACAUGUUGGACAUGUCCAAUGAAUUCUGUGUUGUUUGGUGAAACUGGUGUUGGAAGCUCAUUUUUUCGAAUUUUCCAGGGGGCGCUAAAGAGAAGGCUUUUGGGCUUGGUGUUCAGAGCCACUAAAAUACAUACCUGUACAUUUUCACCUGGAUACAUGAGAAAAAUCAGUUGUCGCCCCCAAAACAUAAUUUAUUCUGUGGAAUGAUGAGAAUAAACACAGCUAUUCACA